AUGCCAGUCAGUGGUGCUGUGGCCACUUCAGGUGCCGAUAAUUUCUUGAAAAUUCGAAAACAAGAACUCAUAAAAGCAUUUUCAGUGGGCUGGGAUAUCAAUUUCUAUAUACAUGCUGCAAUUUUAGGAGGAUUAACCAUACUUUGGGCUCUAUAUUUCAGAGAUUCGCCCUCUGGGCAUCCAUUUGUGGCUCGUAAGGAAUAUCAGAAAAUUACAUUUGGCAAACCGCCAAAAUCAGAAAAGCUAGUUAACCCCGUCCGGCGGAUUUUCAAAUCACUAGUGAUCUGGGCUGUAUGGAUCGCUGUCAUAGGAAAUUUUCUCGUUUCACAAUUCACAAUCUCCUACUCGCCUUUAUAUCUUUCCUAUACAUUGGGAUUCCCCAUUACUACUGCUGGGGUUCUCACUAUUGCUCCUAUGGGUGGUCUGCUAGCAGUGAAGAUGUUUACCGGACUUGCUUCGGAUAAACUCACCUGCAUACCUGAAGUGGCUAAAAUUCGAAUUUUCAACACUGUAGCCUUACUUGGUUCCGGAAUGUUCUUCAUUUUGCUUACCAUGAUAUGCCCAACAGGAAAUGCUGGCGAUGUUAUUUUGAUUAGUGAGUUCUAAGG